GGGAGAGCAUCUGAUGAGGUCAGCCAAUAGGAAAGCUCGCAGGAUUUAGGCUGGAUGCGCCAUUUUACUGCGUCCACAGCCAUCCGGCAAGAUGGUCCCCUUGCUUUGUCUCCCCUGACCGGAGUUGUUUCGGCUUUUUUCUGUGUGCAAUUUCUCAGGGCUUCCGCACCCGUCGACACAUCGGCUACUUGGAUUUAAACGGCGGCACCUGUAGUAACUAAAUAAAAACGCGUGUCUCUCGGUGAAGAAAAGACCAUGGUGGGAAGCAGGUAAAAUGAGUCUGCCCUCUUCUGAAUCAAACCGAGACCAAAUGGCAGAGGAGGUUGUCAAGCUAUUAAAAUAAAUAUUGUGUUCUUUAUCAGCCUGGUAGCUCAACAGAAACUAUGAAGCCCUCCUCUUCUCGCAACAAGAGGAAGUCCACUACUGUAGCUAAGCACACUGGACUGAAUGAAUCCGAUGCCUCAUCCGAGAGUGAGAAUGACGGUGCCACUUCAGACAAUCCCUCAGAUAAUAACACAUCUAAAGGCACUUUAGUGAUGAGGCCAGCUGGGAAUGAAAACAAAGGCGCCAUGAAGCUCAGAGUGGAUUUCAAACACAAACUUACAGAUGAUACUUUACAGAAGAAGGUGAGCUGCACUGCCUGUGGAAAACAAGUAAACCAGUUUCAGCGCAACUCCGUGUAUGAGCAUCCUGUGCUCAAAGUACUUAUCUGCAAGUCGUGCUACAAGUAUUACACAAGUGAUGACAUCAACAGGGACUCUGAUGGGAUGGAUGAGCAGUGCAGGUGGUGUGCUGAAGGUGGAAAGCUCAUCUGCUGUGACUACUGCAACAACGCCUUCUGCAAGAAGUGCAUCCUGCGCAACCUGGGCAGGAAGGAGCUGUCAGUCAUCACAGAUGAGAACUCAAAGUGGCACUGCUAUGUCUGCAGGUCAGAGCCUCUCCAGGAUCUGGUCUCCAAAUGCCACAGCGUCAUGGAAAAUCAAGAACAUGCGCUACUGAAGCAAAGAAAACCAGAUAAAAUGGAUAAACCAGAUAAACCAGAUAAAACGGAAGAACGCGAGAGCAAACAACACAAGAACAAACCAGUCAAAGAGCACAAAGCAGUUGUCAAUGGAAAAGAACACGUGGAAGGCUCAGGGACCAUGACUUUCUCCUACAAAAAACUGCAGGUACCCAAAGAACUCAUAAAGAAAACUAAAAAGCUUGUUGAAACUACGACUGGUUUGAACAAUACAUUCAUCCAGUUCAUCCAGCAGGCAACGGACGAGCAGGAAGAUAAGUCUAUCAGAUAUCGGCAUUUGAAAGCCUUCAAGGCCGUGCUUGCCGAUUUGAAAAAAGCCCACAGUGCUUUGGAAGCGGCUUUGGGGCCCGAGUUCAAAAACAUGGAGGUGCAAAACGGUGAAGAAGAACAGCCUAUUGUGAGAAAGAGCGCUGAUGUCGUAGUCCCUGUAGAAAAUGACCACAUGGAUAAUGCAUCGGAUGCAGUUGACGAGUCUGAGGCUACAGAGGAACCUGUAGAGGAGCCAGCUUUAGAGGUGCCAUCUGUAGAGGAGUCUGCUUUAGAGGUGCCGUCUACAGAGGAGCCCGCUUUGGAGGAGCCAGCUAUAGAAGAGGAAGAGGCGGACGUAGAGGAGGCGGAUGUAGAGGAGGCGGACGUAGAGGAGGCGGACGUAGAGGAGGCGGAUGUGGAUCAGGAUAAUGAGCAGGACGAGGAGAAUGACCAAGGGUCAAAUGACAUUGAAAUGAAAGACCAAACAGAAGUUGGCAUAACCAAAAAGAAAUGUAAAUCUGAAGUCUGUGAUGAUGGGCUGGUGUCAACUGGUGAAAUGUCCCUAGAUCACGACAUUAUGUCUGUGCCUCCUUCAGUUCCUGAAGAGCUUUUUCAGAUGGUGGAGAGUCUCGCAGAUUCCACCAUGCUCUCAAAGACUGACACAGAUGUAGUCACAGGCACUGAAAAAGACACUGAAAAUACAAAGUCUAAUGGAAACUCAACAGACUCUCAACGUCCUCAGCCCAAGGUGAAAAACCUCAUAGUCAAACUUACUCCUGUGCCAGUGGUGACGACAUGUGGCUCGAGGUCCUCCAGGACCAAAAACCGAGAGAAAGCCGAAGAGACGCAGAAAAAGUUAAAAGAAGAAGACCAUGAGGAGGAGGAGGAGGGAAAAGAAGAGGAGGCGAAAGAUGAUGCUGCUGAUACAGUAGAUGGGACAAACAGCCCACCACCCAGCCGUCGCUCUAGUAGAGUGAAGACCACUCCCUUGAGGAAGCAGACUGAGAAUAAGGGCAAGGAAGAGUCCUCCGAUUCAGAGUCAGAGGAAGACGGUAAGGAGAAGGCCAAAUCUUCCAAGAAAUCCAGAAACACCAAAAAAGAGGAUGGGAAGCAGACCACGGCUUCUGAGAAAAAGACGAUGGAUUCUGACUCGGAUGAAGUUCCUAACAUACUGCUAGAGAAAGCUGCAGCAGAGCAGAGCACAGAUGAGGAACAGGGAAGCACGGGUGCUAAAAAGCGGCUAUUCAAACUAAACAACACAUCCAGAGAGGAUACAGACAAAAUGUCCAAACGCAAAAGGAAGUCUGAAAGCUCUGAUUCAGACUUGGAGAACAAAAGUAAAAGGCUUUCCAAGAAGAAGAAGAAGAGGAAAGGCUCAGACUCCUCCAACUCAGACUCUGACCAGGAGAAGGAGAAAAAGAGUAAAUUAGGCACUGCAAAGAGGCGAUCUAGCCGUGUGAAGAAGACGAGGCAAGACGAAGCGAAAGAGGACGACAGAAACUCACCUGAGAUGAAGGUGGCCGAGCGGAAGAGGUCUUAUGAAAAGAAGCGCAGGGGAAGGAGCUCCAAAUCCGCCUCCAAGCUGCAGUUGUCCUCCAGCGAGGAGGAGGAUGAGGAGCAGCAGCAGGCUGACUCCGAAGAGGACAGCGACGCACAGAAGAUCAAACCCAUUGUGGAAGAUAACAUAGUGGGAGGUGGUGUACCUUUCCAUCAGUCCUCAGGAGAUGAGGUGGAUGAUAAAAAAGUCGGGCUUUGUGAAGAUGAUGACGAUGAUGAUCCUGAAAACAGGAUUGCAAAGAAAAUGCUUCUUGCCCAAAUAAAAUCAAACUACUCUUCUGGAGCCGAGAGCUCCACCGAUAAUGAAGGAGCAGAUAAGGACGAACAGUCUUCCAAGACGAUUAAAAAAGAGGAGGACGAUGAGGAAGCAGAAGAAGAGCAGCAAGAUGAGGAUUCAGAAGACUCAAGUUCUGAUGUCGAAGUGAAGAAACGUGGCAGACGCCACAAAUUGCUACGCCAUAAACUCUCGCUGAGUGAGGGCGAAUCAGGAGACGAGAAAGCUGCUAGUAAAGAGAAGAAGGGGGGCAAGAAGAAGUCGAAAGUAGACAGCAAUGAAUCUGAAGACUCUGAAGACUCUGACUAUGAGAAGGCAGAUUCCAGUGAAGAGUCUGCAGUAAGCGAGGAGCUUAGUGAAUCCGAGAACGACGGGAAGCGUCGAAAGACCAGAGCUGCGAAGAAGAAGGACGAGGAGAAACAGAGAAGUUGCAAGCAGAAGAAGAAACGACGCAGGAUUAAAGUUCAGGAGUCUUCGUCCAGCAAUGAGAAGAGCGGAGAGGAAGAUGAAGAUGGAGAAGACCGCAAAGGACGCAAAAAGAUCCGCAAAAUCCUGAAGGACGACAAGCUGCGGACAGAGACGAGAGAUGCUCUGAAAGAAGAGGAGGAGAGGAGGAAACGUAUAGCGGAGAGAGAAGCACUCAGGGAGAAACUUCGAGAGGUGAUUGUGGUGAAUGAGUCUUCUCAGGUGACCUGUCCAAUCACGACCAAGCUGGUGCUGGAUGAAGAUGAAGAGACCAAGGAGCCGAUAGUGCACGUGCACAGGAACCUUGUCACAAAGCUCAAACCUCACCAGGUUGACGGGGUGCAGUUCAUGUGGGACUGCUGCUGUGAAUCUGUGAAGAAGAUCGAGAAGUCUUCUGGCUCUGGCUGCAUCCUCGCCCACUGUAUGGGCCUGGGAAAAACUUUGCAGGUGGUGACAUUCCUUCACACUUUGCUGCUUUGUGAGAAGCUGGAUUUCAGCACAGCUCUGGUGGUUUGUCCCCUGAACACCGUCCUUAAUUGGCUCAAUGAGUUUGAGAAGUGGCAACACGGAAUGAAGGAUGACGAGAGUUUACAGGUGACUGAGCUGGCCACAGUAAAGAGGCCACAGGAGCGAGCAUACGCCCUCCAACAAUGGCAAGAAAUGGGUGGUGUUAUGAUCAUUGGUUACGAGAUGUACCGAAACCUGACGCAGGGCAGGAACAUCAAGAGCAAGAAGCUCAAAGAGACCUUUCAGAAGACACUGGUAGAUCCAGGUCCAGACUUGGUGAUCUGUGAUGAAGGUCACAUUCUGAAGAACGAGGCAUCUGCUGUGUCAAAAGCGAUGAACUCUAUCAGGACGAGGAGGAGGGUUGUGCUGACUGGAACACCUCUGCAAAACAACCUUGUUGAAUACCACUGCAUGGUGAACUUCAUCAAGGAAAACCUGCUGGGUUCAAUAAAAGAGUUCAGGAACCGCUUCAUCAACCCUAUCCAGAACGGCCAGUGUGCUGACUCCACAUUUCAGGAUGUCCGGAUCAUGAAGAAGAGGGCACACAUCCUCUAUGAGAUGCUUGCUGGUUGUGUCCAGAGGAAAGAUUACACAGCGCUCACUAAGUUCCUGCCUCCCAAACACGAGUAUGUGUUGUCAGUCAGAGUGACUCCGAUCCAGUGUAAACUCUACAGAUACUACCUGGAGCACUUCACAGGUGUGGGGAAUGCUAUGGAGGGGGGCCGGGGCCGUGCGGGGACCAAACUCUUCCAGGAUUUCCAGAUGCUCAGCAGAAUCUGGACCCAUCCCUGGUGCCUUCAGCUGGACUACAUCAGUAAAGAAAACAGGGGUUUCUUCGACGAGGACAGCAUGGACGAGUUCAUCGCUUCAGAAACAGAAGAAUCCUCUAUGAGCAUGACCUCCGAGGACGACAAGAAGAAGAAAAAGAAGCAAGGGAAGGGAAAAAAGAAGGCAUCUGAUGACUCGGACAGUGAUGACGUGGAGGUCAUCAAAGAGUGGAACAGCAGCUCUCGGGGCAGGAACGGAGAGGGUCGAAACAGACCGGAGCCUGUAGAGGAACCUCGACCAACUAGCUCUGCACCAGGAAGUCCAACUCCUGACUGGCACAAGGAGUUUGUCACAGAGGCCGACGCUGAGAUCUUGGAGCACUCAGGAAAGAUAACGCUCCUCUUUGAGAUCCUGCGCAUGGCAGAGGAAGUAGAUGAUAAAGUGUUGGUGUUCAGUCAGUCUCUCAUCUCUCUCAACCUGAUCGAGGAUUUCCUGGAGCUGUCUUGCAGAGCUAAAGAUGAAGACAAAAUCUCUCCAUACAAAGGUGACGGCAAGUGGUACAGGAACAUUGACUACUAUCGCCUGGACGGCUCCACCAACGCCACCACCAGGAAGAAGUGGGCUGAAGAGUUUAAUGACACCAGUAACAUUAGAGGUCGUCUAUUCCUCAUUUCAACGCGAGCCGGCUCCCUUGGCAUCAACCUGGUGGCAGCCAACAGAGUCAUCAUCUUCGACGCCUCCUGGAACCCCUCCUAUGACAUCCAGAGUAUCUUCAGGGUUUACCGUUUUGGCCAGCUUAAGACGGUCUAUGUGUACAGGUUCCUGGCCCAAGGUACAAUGGAGGAGAAGAUUUACGACCGGCAGGUAACCAAACAGUCUCUGUCAUUCCGUGUGGUGGACCAGCAGCAGAUUGAGCGGCACUUUACAACGAACGAGCUGGCCGAGCUCUACACCUUUGAGCCGGACAUGGCGGACGAUCCCUCAGAGAAGAAGAGCAAGAAAGCCACACCCUUGCUCCCGAAGGAUCCCUUCCUGGCUGAGAUGCUGCAGAACAAUAAGGACCAGAUCGCGUGUUACCAUGAACACGACUCCUUGCUGGACCACAAGGAGGAGGAAGCCCUGAGCGAGGAGGAUCGCAAGGCCGCCUGGGCCGAAUAUGAAGCGGAGAAAAAGGGUCUGUCCAUGAGGACCAACUACCAGGCAACAUACGCCCAGAUGGAUAUGGGCUCCUCCAACUACUUCUCCUACAAUGUGGCGGCUUUGGCCUCCAUGACCAACCAGCAGCUGGAGGACCUUAUCAAUCAGGGGCGACAGAAAGUCAUUGAAGCAACAAAUGCAUUGAAGACUUUAUCACGGGAGUCACUGGAAGAUACAAUCGCCAGAGUGUGGAAGGAAAACCCAGCACUCACGGAGAGUCAGGUCCAGUCGAUGGCUCUGGGUCGACAGGCCAGUGUAGAGCUGGAGUUCAAGCGCAGGGAAGUCGUGUACAGGGACGUCCUCACAAGGCAACAAACGCUGAUGAUGUUCGUGCAGAAGCUGAUCACUAACAGGAAGGUGCAGGAGCAGCAGAUGGCCUUGGCUAACCAGGCCAACUACCUGAACCAGCUGGCCAUGCAGAACGGCAUGAUGGGAGGCAGCGGGCUCAGCCAGAGGGACCUGCUGGGGCUUUACCAGCAGCUCCACGGCCUGGGCAAGAAUCCCGGGCCCUCCAAGGGCCUGUAGGUCAGAGGGACUUCUUCCUCAAACCCCCCACCCCACCCCACCCCCCUCCCCGCCCACUCAGCUAGCCGGCUCCCGGUGGCCCAGUCAGAGCGAGGCCCAGUUCUCUGUAACAAACACACUGUGAGACCGCUCAGAGCUCAAAGCUCAAAGCUCAAAGCAAACUGGUCCACCAAUCAGAGGGUGGAGUAGUUUUGAGACUAGGCUGCUGUCCACUGGGGCCUCAAGUGGGAUAGACUCUGUUCUUUAUUCUGUAGUUCACUGAGAGAUGGUGGAAAUAUGAUGUAUAAAUGACUGUGUGAAAGGAGUCCAUUAGGAAUUUCAACAGGAAAAAAAAAAAAACAUGUAUAUACCGCCUUAAUGUUAUUCAAGUUCUAUAUCUUCAUUUUUCAUGUAUUUAAAGACAAAAAAGUUUUACCCCCAAUGCUUUUAUGCAUUGUAUUGUUCUCCCCUUAAAAGAGGGUUUCCUUAUUAUUUAAACUCAGUUUUUAUACUGUUUUAAAUGCCUAACUAAACCUGAGUGGGACCAGUGUUGUUGGUGACAGGACUCUAUGAUGUAAAGCUCUAACAUGAUUAGCCCCGGUAGAUUCCUUCACCAAUAUCUGGCAAAGCAGACAGCUGAUGGUGCUGCAAAGUCCUGCUCUUUUUGGGAGAUAGAAGUUAAUUGAUAAGUCAACAAAAAAAGUUACAAAAAAAUAAAAUAAUAAAAAAAAGGCCUUAUAUUCAUUUCCUAAAAAAAAGCUCUGUAAAGUUCUGAGAUUUGAGAUUUGUUGAGAAUCUUUUCUAUUAUGCUUUUAAGUGUUUACAUUAGUUGUCGCUGAACAUGGUAAUGGAAUGCUUGUGUUGUUCAAAAAACUGCCUGCCCGGGUUCCUCCGAACUUUUUUUGUAACAUUCAUUCUCACUGUCACGUGUUGUCUAGCAUAGCACUGUGCGUCCUUGUUCAUUGUUUAUGUUCCACUUGUGUUGAUCUCAAAAAGCUUGGGGUGAAACGAGUGGGGUCUCACAAAGCACAAGCCAGUUCAGCCGGGUGUCACAGGGCCCAAAACUUUUCCCCCUUUGCUUGUCUGUCAAAGUUUAAAACGUGUGUUCCAUAGUGGUUUUGAUAGAGUAAAGACUGGAAAUCUUAUUAUGUCUGGCUGAUCUGUGCAUUCUGCUUUGUGAGAAAUGCCUUCUGGACACUGUAGUCCCACCAGGCAGGCCCCCGGACUACCUGUAUUCUUUGGCACAUUUUUGCUUCUAAAUGCUUAAACUGGUGUAGCUGUUAAUCCUGAGAAAUAUGUACAUUUCUCAUGAAGAGAAGCCUGUUGUCUCUAGUUGGCUCCUGUGUUUGCACAAGGUGUAUUUCAUAAAUGUAGAGAAACUGUUCUUUUUUUUUUUUUUUUCUUUUUUUUUUUGGCCCUCCUCAAGAAUGUUCUUAUGUUAGCAAAUACACCAACAUUAUUUGCCAUGAAUCUGAUCUGCUAUUAUCUUGAUAAGUAUUUAAUAUAACAUUUAAUAAAGUGACCAAAAUGAUGAGCAA